AUGGGCUCGUCCAAGACUGCAUCGAGCCAUUCAUCUACAUCAGAUACGACACAUUCCAUUGCUACUGCUCUGGAUUCAGCUGAAAAACUAUCACUGAGAUCCGGCUCAAUGGUGUCCAGACUCCCAAUACUUGUAGAUGCAUCCAGUCCUCUGCCAGUUAGAACCAAGACUGUCCAUGCUACUGCCUCGAACCAGGCAUUUGAUCAUGCAUCCACUAUCACAUCAAAUGCAUCACAAGCGUCCAGUGCAUAUCCAAGUCCGAAGCUUCCUGCUGGUAGACGGUUCAGAGUUAUUGGACGUAAAGUGAUUGAGCCUGCUGUUCCUUCACAGUCUACUGACACUGGUGGUUCCGUAAAUGUGCUAGACUCGGUUUCUCUAUCCAAAGAAACAACUGUUUUGCGUGCUGCUAUGGAAUGGAAUCAUGCACAUAUGGAUGACUCCAAUAUGUCCGAUCUCACCAAUAAGCUACACUCUGGAUUACAUUGUAAUCAUCCAGAUUUGGUUGUCAGUUUUACUGAUUUAGAACUCCGGACAAAUCAAGCUCUUGCAUCCAGCACUCGUGUUGUUCAAGAAGCAGAAGCGUCGAAACAUUCACAGUCAUCCAUUCUACAUAGUCAGAUCAUGCCACAAUCCACUCGUAAAGCAGAAUCAGUUACCAAAUCCAGCUUAUCUACAGAUCCUGAAGAUAUCUUGGCGAGUAUUCGACGCAGAUAUGGAAUAAAGGACAGUAUUGAUACGUCCAUUUUAGAUAAUUUUGAAACCAAAUCCAUGUACAAUUAUGCUCCCUCGCAUAAUGAAUUGUCCUUUUACACUGCACCUAAUUUGACUACAAAUUCAGUAUGUUCAAACUUGAAAGCUGGUUUUCAGCAUAGCGAUGCAUUGGCUGGCAUUGACAAACGUGAGAUUACUUCAACUCGACCAGAUUCGCUGCAGAUACACCACACCGUGCCCUUUCCUCGGUCAGCAUGGGAAAAGCAUACACCCAGUAUUACCUCUAACACUCACAUUCCAUCUACCAUGCCAUCAUGCACGCUUAAUCAUAAUACUUCAGAUCUUGAAGCUACAACUUUUCCAUUAUCUCUAUUCACAUCUGAUUUACUUACAAAAGCUCAGAUCCCAGCCCAUGGUGCCUUUCAAAGCAAACUGGUUUCUGUACCUGCCAAACCAUUUGAUGCAUUCGAGGCAAUAGUGGCUCAAACGAAUUCAUCUUUGAGCCAAGUUCAAAAUGGGAACAUGAACGACACACAGUCAUUGACUAGGCACCCUGUCGCUGUUGGAGCUGUUGGCACUACCAUUUCAGUAUUAAAUCAGCCGUGUUACGACAGGUGUGAAGAGAAGGAAUCUAGAUCGCCUAAACUUACACUAGAUCAACUUGGAUCGAUUCAUGUAACUGAUGAGAUGAGGAAUAUGGCAGUGCAUCCUAAUACUUGUAAUGACCCAUCUCAAUCGUUAUUGGAUACCCGACAAGAUGUUAUUUUAAAGGAUAUUGAAUCAAGAAACGUGAUGGAAUUAGAUUUUCAAGCCAAAUCUAGUCUUGUCAAUGACUCUAGAUUAAAUAUACUACAGUCUUCCGACGCACCAAAUUCAAUGCCUGCAGUCAAUGAAUCAAGCGCAUCUCCGCGUUGCCUUGACACACCAACAGAAGGCAUACACUCAACUAUUAUAUCUGCUUUAGCUAUCCCAACUGCUGUUGAUCCAGCUACUAAGCCACUUAUGUUUGAUGCAAUGACAUAUACAGAAAAUUUGAUUUGUACCAUAGACGAAGGCUCACAAACUCAUUCGUAUAUGCAAACCACUCAUGACCAGUGUAUUGGCACGGAUCACAGUUUAACACAACGUGAUGCAUUCACUUGUACAAAAGUAGAUUUUACAAAUGUUGCAACCCAAACAUUACAAGAUUUGGAAAUACAAUCAACAAACCAUCACGAUCAUACCAAGAUGAAUACGACUCUUGAUAUGGACGACAUAAUGUACAAAGCGUGUUUGGAUGAUCCUAUUGUAAACCAAUUAAAGCAGCGCAUAUUUCAAAUCAGAUUGGAAAUUAGGUAG